AUGUUACAGGUUGAAGCAGUGACAUUUCCCACCAAUAAUGCUAAAGGGGUGCUCAAGUUUUUGAAGAAGCAUAUUUUCACCUGCUUUGGAGCACCUAGGGCCAUUGUGAAUGAUAGUGGUACUCAUUUUUGCGAUAACCAAUUUCAAUCUCUCUUGAAGAAAUAUGGUGUCAGGCACAAGGUUGAACUUGCCUACCAUCCUCAAACUAAUGGAAAAGCUAAGGUUUCUAAUCGAGAAAUUAAGAAGAUACUUGAGAAGACUCUAGAGAGCAUUGAAGGAGAAAGAUUCAAAGUCAAUGGACAACGAUUGAAGCAUUACUGGGGUGGUGAGUUAGACCGUGAAGCAGUCACCUUGCCCUUAUUUGAUAGCUCUUGA